GUGGCCUUGGCUGGUGCAGGGGUGCAGGAGUGGCCAGGCGGAUGAGCCCGCAGGAGAGUUCUAUCCACCCUUUCCAACUUCUCCUGUUGCUGGGGAUCCCUGUGGCCAGCGCUUUCCUUCUGGUGCAAUGUCUGCUAUGGCACUGUUCUCGGUGGCUGCCAGGGGCCUGCUGGAGGCCAGGUGACCAAGAGGAAGCAGCGUCACCAUCCACUCCAUUGCCAGAGCAUGAGCUCCCAAGGCAUUGCCCAACCCAGACACUAAUGGAAGUGGCUGCCUUCUACCAGGAACUCCAUGCGCCCACCCGGGGCCAGACCAUCACCCGCCAGCUGAUGCAUAAGCUACUGGUAUAUUCUGCUCGAGAGGUGGACCAUCGUGGUGGAUGCCUGAUGCUGCAUGACACAGGCAUUUCCCUGUUCAUCCCACCAGGUGCUGUGGCGGUGGGUCGCCAGGAGAGGGUGUCCUUGGUUCUGGUGUGGGACCUGACAGACGCCCCGUCAUUGUCUCACAGACAGGGACUAGUGAGUCCUGUGGUGGCAUGUGACCCUCACGGGGCCUCUUUCCUGAAGCCUUGUACCCUCACAUUCAAGCACUGUGCCCAGCAGCCCGGUCAGGCCUGCGCCUACAAGAGCAAUACUUCCUUGCUGGAUGCCAAGGACUGGAAGCCCCUGGGUCGGCAGGGGACUUAUAUCUCCCGGGAUGAGUGUCGCAUCCUGCUCUCUCACUUCAGCCUCUACACCUGUGUUCUGGAGGCACCCCUGGGCCAGACGGCCCGCAAGUGGCUGCAGCUGGCAGUGUUCUGCUCCCCUCUGGCCCCCGGGCAGACCCACCUGCAGUUGCGUGUCUACUUCCUGAACAAUACCCCCUGUGCCCUGCAGUGGGCUAUCACCAAUGAAGAGCCCCAUGGUGGACGCAUGCAUGGGCCCUGCCAGCUCUUCGACUUCACUGGGGCCAGAGCAGACCAGUGCCUGAAGCUCAAGUAUAUCUCUGAGGGUUGGGAAAACGUGGACGACAGUAGUAGCCAGCUGGUUCCCCAUCUCCAUAUCUGGCAUGGGAAGUGCCCCUUCCGCUCUUUCUGCUUCCGGAGAAAGGCAGCCAAUGAGAAAGAAGACUGCUCGGCAUUAACCAAUGAGAUCAUUGUCACCAUGCACACCUUCCAGGAUGGCUGGGAAAACAAGUACAUGGAAAUCCUCAGAUUCCAGGCAGCAGAGGAAGAGUCCUGGGCAGCACCUCCUCCUGUCUCUCAGCCACCCCCGUGUAAUCGGCUGCCGCCAGAGCUCUUCGAGCAGCUGCAGAUGUUGUUGGAGCCCAGCAGUGUCACUGGGAAUGACUGGAGAAGACUGGCCUCCCACCUGGGGCUCUGUGGCAUGAAAAUCCGGUUCUUAUCCUGCCAGCGCAGCCCAGCCGCAGCCAUCCUGCAGCUGUUCGAGGAACAGAAUGGCAGUCUGCAAGAGCUUCACUACCUCAUGAUAUCCAUGGAGCGGCUAGACUGCGCCUCUGCCAUCCAGAACUACCUAAACAGAACCCCCGGGGGCAGCCCUGCCAUGAUGCACGGAGACACCUGCGAGUUCGAUGAGAAACUCUAAGCACGCCCCGCGGGUUCUCUCGGGGUGCUGCAGUAGGCCGUGCCAUGCCUAUGAGCUCAGGCUCAAUGCCGCGGACUCGGGUGGACUGAGCUGGGACCCUUCAGCGAAGCCAGACAGCCUUGCCCUGGGUCCUGAAUCAGGACCACUCUACAACCUGUCGGCCAACUUUGUCCUGAGUGCAGGUUCCCUCCUUGUCGGUAGGGGGCGCGAGAGUCUGGGAGAUGACCACAGCCCAGCCGGCUUCCAAAAUGCUGUUUAAUUUUCUUCUGGACGGCCAGGUGGCCCUGCAGGCACACUGAGGUAGAGAUGCUCAGUCCACAAGUAUUCACGGAGCACUGAGUCUCAGCACCAGGCCGGAGUCUUGGGGGGCAUAUCCGCUUCUUUGAACUUGCCCUGGAGUCUGUUCAGCCAGAUGGAGAUGCAAUCGCCACCAGCUGAGAGAAAGUACCUUCCUAUGGUUAGGGAUGCCUGGGGGUGGAGCUGCUUAGCUUUGAGUUGAGAAGGGAGGACGCUGGGGUAGAUUGGAACAGAGACAAGUCUCCAGAGAGGAU